UGUGAAUACUCACCGCAUUAUCAGUGAGCGCCGUGAACGAUCGUGUUUGCGGUGUGUGUGCAUGUGUAUGUGUGUGUGAUAACAGUAGGGGAAAAAAAGAAGUUGAAAAAAGAGACAAAAAAUUAGUCACAGCCUUGAUGGUGACAGCAAUCAGUAGAUAAUUGUUAAUAAUUGUAUUAUAUAUCUCUAUUAUAAUAAAUACUUUUAGACAUAAUGAUUCUUCUUGAGAUCAACAAUAGGAUACUAGAAGAAGUGUUACAAACCAAAAUAAAAAAUGCCUUGUCGGGACAUAAACCUGAAUCGACAGAUAUUACAAUAGCUGACUUUGAUGGUGUUCUGUUUCACAUCUCAAACCCCAAUGGCGAAAAGUCAAAACUUAGGAUAAGUACUAUGCUCAAAUUUUACAAGCAACUUCAAGAACACGGAGCUGACAACUUGGUCAAAAGAGAAUACGGCCCGUAUUUGGUAACACCAGAAACUGGAUGGGAUGUUUCGGUGCAAAUAGACCUUGAGAAUUUGCCGGAAGAUUGGGAAUCGCUGGUAAAAAAAGUGAGUCUCUUGAAAAGGCACUGUUUCGCGAGCGUGUUCGAGAAAUACUUUGACUAUCAGGAAAAAUAUUUUGAUUCGCCUGAAGAGAGCCCGCAAUGUCCAAAGAGAGCGGUGAUACAUUAUCGAGAUCAGGAGACGAUGUAUGUCGAAGCCAAAAGCGAUCGAGUGACAGUCGUGUUCAGCACAAUAUUCAAAGAUGAAGAUGACAUGGUGAUCGGUAAGAUGUUUCUUCAGGAGCUUAAAGAAGGGAGAAGAGCGAGCCACACGGCGCCUCAAGUUCUGUUCAAUCAUCGAGAACCUCCGUUGGAACUCCAAGAUUGUGAUGCCGCAGUUGGCGAAAGUAUCGGCUACAUAACAUUCGUUUUGUUUCCACGACACACGGGCAAGGACGCUCGCGAAAAUACGAUCGAUUUGAUUCACAUGUUCAGAAAUUACUUGCAUUAUCAUAUCAAAUCGAGUAAAGUUUACAUUCAUUCGAGGAUGCGAACUAAAACAAGCGAUUUCCUCAAGGUUCUCAAUCGUGCUCGUUCUCAGUCGAAGAAUGUGGAAAAAAAGACAAUUACAGGACGAACAUUCAUAAGAAAAGAAUGAGCAACGCAGCGUGAACGAUUGCGAUGAAAAUCAAUCAAAGAUUCGGCGAAGAGAAGAAUAACAACAUGAACAAAUUUCGGUAGGGAAUGAAAUAAGUUUCACAACGCUAGAAGCGUUUGUAAAGAAAAACCAUUUUCUAGCGUUAAUCAUGAUUCUCCGAAGAGAAAGAAGAGGAAUAAGGAUGGACCCGUGGCUCAUAGGAUUAGCGAAUUAAGAAUUUAACUUUCUCUCUCUCUCUCUCUCUUUUUCUCUCUUCCUUGCAAUAAAAAAAAUAAAAAAAAUAAAAAAAAAACAAUCGAGCAAAAACACAUUGAAAGGAGAAAAAUUCGGCAUUCAUAACUUUCAGCGAUACAGGUCUAGAUUUCGCCCAUUCAUAAUCAGUUGAAAAUAUCUACACUUCGUUCAUUAUCUUUAUCUCGCUUAUCGUUAUCAUCGACUCAAUACUUCAGGUAUUUCAGGGACAAUACACAGACGAAACGUUGCCCCAAAUGAAAAAAACAAAAAUAACAUUUCUCAGGUGAUCCGUUCAUCGUGCCAGUAGGAUCUUUCUACACGGUUAUUCUAAAAAAGAACAAUCCUUUCUGAGGAUGGAUGUCGUAUGUGAUUCGGCCCACGAAAAAUGUGAAUAGCAUGACGAGUUCGGAAUUUCGCAAUUCGACAAAUAAUUUGAAAAGUUUCUAACUAAAUAAUUUUUUAAAAAUAUCCUGUUUUUUAUGAUCGUUUAUUCAAGCGCUUUUUGAACAUUCAAAUGUUUGGACAUUCUUAACCUUUUAAGGACGGGGAUUUUUACGUUGAAAUCGACCUUUCUUUUUACACGAAAUUUGUGGAUAACAUCGAUGAAUUUUUCAAGUGAAGUGUCCGAUCAAACUAGAGGUCGAUAUUUCGACCAGAUCCGUCCUUUAAAGGUUAAUGCUCUUGCGUUUUGAUGUUUUAGCCGCAAAUUUUGAGCUAUUCGUGAGCUUUGUUAAUUAUACGUAACAAAGAGGAAAAAUUAUCUUAAAACGGAUAAAAGCACUUCACAAAUGUGGUUGACCAACGAUCCAAUAAAUGUCACUGUAAAAACUACAACAUAAAUUGUGUUCAGAGUAUAAUUUCAAAAAUUCUGAAGAGGACUCCGAACCAGAGUCAAAGCAUGGAGCCAGUUUACAAAAAAAUCCACUGAAUUCAACAAACACAUUUGUGUUUUUUUCGUCCUAAAAUAUUUUAUUGCAAUAGAAAUCUAGCAAUGAAAAAUAGAAAUUGAAAAAAUUCACUCAUCCGGGACGAGGGAGAGCUCAGCCAUUCCGUGUUUGUUCGCAAAAUAUCGCAGAAUCGUUAAACAUUUUAUUUUUUAUUGUAAUGUACAUUUUAAAUGAGGCGUCAUGGAGGGGUUUAUUGUAAUAAGUAUAUGACGAGUAUAGUCGUAGAUACGGUUAAAAGUCACACAAUACUGAGGCUGAACCAUAUGUGCCAGAAAACGGAAGGAUUAUCGAAAAAAAAAAAGAAAAAAAUGGAGCAUUUCGUUCGUAAAGCGUUCGUUAAUAACACCUUUCGGAAUCGUAGAGUGUUUUUUUCUUCGUCAAUCACCCAUGUCCGCCAGUAUCGUUAAGAUAACAUUAGAUAAAGAAUUGAUCAAUAAAUUAACGAAUAAACUAUCCUCAAUUUGCAAUCUUCCAUGAAAUUCCGUGAAAAAGUACAUAACCGUAAACUCAGAUGAGAUGUUUCUCCAGCUCUCCCCAUUCUGGGAAUGAAACAACGAAAAAUGUCAUUGAAGGGGUUAUUUAACGUUUUUAAAUCCCCGAAAAAUCAUUACGUAACUCUCAAGAUCCUGUAUCGCAUUGAAACGCAUGAAUCGUUGCAGUCUCGAAUCGUCGGUAUAUUUGUAAUUAAAUAACACGAAUAACAACACGGACACUCACACACGCAGACAUUACAAAAAAUAAAAUGGGAAACGAAAACGUAUACACGAAUAAUAAUUACCGAUGGAGAAGACGACGACAAAAAAAUUAUUAGAGUUUGUUAAUAAAUAAAAUAAUAACGUGAUUUUAUGAGCAUAGCCACGAACCAUAGAAUAUUGUUUUUGUAACAAAGGAGUAUUUUUAUUUUCAAUCUUUACCUAAUGUAUAAGAAAAUAAAAACUGAAAAAGCUCAUUGCUAAAAAA